AAUGAAGAGAAAGGAGAAAGAAGAAAGAAGAAAGAACGGUGGCUGCGAGGUGCGAUGGUGUUUAUGGGCCUGCCGGGCGAAAGCUACGGGUUGGCCACCUGCAUGAGGAUGGUUGGUGUUUACUAUCAAUUUUUUCCUAUUUGGGCGAAACACGGUAAACAGAGAUGUGCGCAUGGACGGUGAGGCAGGUGGGAGCGGUAGGAAGUCUGAAGGUGGGAGAGCAGAUGGGUAGGUGGGUAGGUGAGUGGAGGGGGUCGGAUUGGGUGAGUGGAGUUUCAGCAAUGGGUGCAGUGUGGAUGUUGCUAAGGGAGUCAGGCAGUUCAAUUGCUGGGAUGAGCCGUGGUGGCUCUCCCAGACAAUCGGUUUUCCGGUGCGACUGGGCACAGGCUCGUUUCAUGAGUGGUUUCACUGGAGGAUUGUGUGGAAUCCAGGCAGGUCCACUGCGAUCGUCGCCGGAUUUUCCCCCUGAUCUUCCAUAAUAAUUAGAAUUAAUUCCCUUACAUCUUCUGCUCUUACUCUCCUGAACUUCAAGAAAGAAUAAUUGAGUAUAAAUUCUGCUCUUCCCUUUCUGAUCUUCCAUGAAAUAAUCGAAGAAAUGGGAAAUAAAAUUA